AUGGCACAUGCUCGUAUCUCAGCCAAACUGCCCCCCGACAUUGACCCCACUAAAGCCCCCAUUGCUUUUGGGGCGAGGGCCCUACCUAAGCUGAAUGAGGAGUUACAGUCCCCUGAGCUGCUCACCCGGCAGAGGGCAUUGAUGGCCUUAUGUGAUCUGGUGCAUGAUCCAGAGAAUGUCUACCAAGCAAUAAAACUAGGAUUCCUGGAUAACCUGAAAUAUUUGCUUCUAGACCAAGAUAGCACUGUUCGAGAAAAAACAACUGAAGUCCUUUAUAUAAUGGCUACUCAUAAUGUUGGCAGGGAUGGCUUUAUAGAAAACGGAGUCAUUCCUGCCCUGUCCCAGCUCUUGAAUGAUCCAGUGGAUAUCUGUCGGAGAAACAUGCACCGGGCAUUUGAAAUAAUGGCAGAGUUACCGGCGGGUGCUGUUGGCAUAGUGGAAAGCAGUUUGAUUUCUUCACUUGUCCUUAAACUGAAAACUGAGCUGGAUGAAAUCCAAGAGUUGAUACUGGACACACUCUCUGGCUGCCUAUGUGUAGAGGCUUUUGAAGCUCUUGCAACAGGCGCUGUUCCCAUUCUGAAGGAAAAGCUCACUCAUCCAUCAGUGGCCAUCAGGAGCAAAGCUGCCCGUGCCCUCUUGGGAAUUAGUAUCCCUCUGGAAGGAAAAAAUAUUGUGUGGGAUGAAGAGGUUAUCCCAGUGCUGGUCAGCCUGUUGGAGGAUUCAGAUCCUGAGGUCCGAGCCAAUGCAGCAGGAGCACUGAUGAAUGCCACCACUACGACCCAAGGGAAAUAUGCAGCCCUUAGUGCAGAUGCCAUUCCACCUUUACUGAAGCUGGUCGAUGAUGAAACCAGCAAAGUACGCUUGAAUGCAAUCAAAGCCCUGACCAUGCUGUCUGAGGCACCUGAGGGUCGCAAGACACUACUGAACCAUGUGGACCUCUUUCGAGGGCAGCUGAAUGACUCCAGUGAGGCUGUAAACAGAGCAGCAAAAAUAGCCAUCAAAGUCAUCGAGUGGAAACCUUAA